UGCUACCAAUUUGAGGUUCUGGCAAAUUUGUGUUGCUGGUUUCUUGAAUACAAUAUGGUACAUUAGCUGUACCUCAGCUUCCCUGUCAACCAAUGAAAAUCGGACAUUUGUUCAGUGUGGACUGAUUGGUCAGGCGGACAGGGAGUGGGGAAACUGCGUUUAGCAGGGUGGUCAACUAUCAUUUCAAAUUUAGAAAGCCACGUCAUGCGAGGGUCGAUGCUAUUCAGUGCACUGAUUGCACUAGCCACUGCCGAACCAUCGCUGUAUUUUAAAGAGCAGUUUGAAGAUGGGGAUUCUUGGACUACCCGGUGGGUUGAAUCCAGCCAUAGGUCUGACUACGGGGAAUUUGUCCUGACACCUGGGAAAUUCUACGGAGAUCCAGAGAAAGACAAAGGUCUCCAGACCAGCCAGGAUGCCCGCUUCUACUCUUCUUCUGCUCGAUUUGAGCCCUUCAGCAACCAGGGCAAGACCCUGGUGAUCCAGUUCACUGUGAAGCACGAGCAGAACAUCGACUGUGGGGGAGGCUACAUCAAACUAUUCCCCGCUGACCUUGACCAGGCAGACAUGCAUGGAGACUCCAAAUACAACAUCAUGUUUGGUCCAGACAUCUGUGGCCCAGGAACCAAGAAAGUUCAUGUCAUUAUCAACUACAAGGGCAAGAAUCAUCUCAUCAACAAGGACGUCAGGUGCAAGGAUGAUGAGUACACUCAUCUGUACACUCUGAUCCUGAACCCUGACAACACGUACGAGGUGAAGAUUGACAACAAGAAAGUGGAGUCUGGAAGUCUGGAGGAGGACUGGGAUAUUCUGCCUCCUAAGAAGGUCAAGGACCCAGAGGCUGUGAAGCCAGACGACUGGGAUGAGAGGGAGAGGGUGGAGGACCCCGAGGAUAAGAAACCAGAGGACUGGGAUAGGCCAGAGAACAUUGCUGACCCUGACGCUAAGAAGCCUGAGGAUUGGGACAAUGAGAUGGACGGUGAAUGGGAGCCACCCAUGGUCUCCAACCCUGACUAUAAGGGCGAAUGGAAACCCCGCAAGAUCGACAACCCUGACUACAAGGGCAAAUGGGUGCAUCCUGAGAUUGACAAUCCAGAAUACAGCGCAGACUCUGAAAUAUACAGAUUCGACAGCAUCGGCGUCAUUGGCCUGGACCUGUGGCAGGUAAAAUCUGGGACCAUCUUCGAUAACUUCCUGAUCACAGACGACGCUACGCUGGCAGAAGAGGUUGGCAAUGAGACCUGGGGUCAGACUAAGGAUCCAGAGAAAAAGAUGAAGGUGUCCCAGGAGGAACAGGAGAGGAAUAAACUAGAGGCGGAAGAGAUGGGGAGGAAAGAGCAGACAAAAGACGAGCCUGAAGACGAGGAGGAAGAAGAGAAGGAGGAAGAGUUAGAGGACCAUGAAGAAGAAGAAGAGACUGGAGCAGAGGAAGAAGAGGAGGAAACAGACUCUAUAAAGGAUGAACUUUAGAGGACUGACUUUCUCAUUGGGGUGAAUCUUCCGUUGAGCCUGGGGAGGGAUUAUGCAUCAUUUCGCUUUACCAUCCAGUCAGUCAGGCCUCAAAGUAAUGUUGAGAGAAGGGGCGGUGAAGAAGUCAUUUAGAUUUUACUGCAAAAUCUGUGACAUUUUUUAUUUUAUGUUUUUUAUUUAACUUAUUAGAUUUUGACUCACUGGUUUACCGCCUUAUUAAUUAAGGCAGUAAACCAGUGUGUCAAAACUAACCUAUUUCUUGUAAGUAUGCAUUUAAUUGUCUGUUGCUUCACAGAUGAAGUCUAAUUAAUUGAAGCUUGUGUGUUUUUGUUUUCUUAAUUCACAUUGAGUGAAUAUGUACUCCAUGUAAAUCCUACUCAACCUUGACAUGCAUAGCGAUAGUUUCCCAUUCAUUCAAUGUCCAUUUGCUAACUAAAUGCAGUCACAUACUGACAUACUAUUAGGUAGAAGUAGCAUCUAUAACCUCACCAAGGCCAAAUUCAUUCACCAACCUCUAAUUCCAUUGACAUUCAGCCAUGAACUACUGUAGCCAAGUCAGACGUUUACUCCAUUGUGAGUUUUCACUGUUGUAUUUUGUCUUGCACAGUAGCCUCAUACUUCCUAAUGUAGCCUAUUGCAUUUGUUCCCCCUUAUUGUUUUUGUAGAUAUUUGUAACCUUAUUUGGGAAAUUAUGACGAUUACAGAUAUUGUUGUGCAAAAAUACUGUACACUAGUAAAAAAAAAAAAAAAAAAAGAGGGUUGUUUGGAUUUUACAUGUGUAAAGUGUUCCCUUUGUUACAAAUCAUCAUCAUAGCCUAUAUAAUACACUAUUUAGGCUACAGGCAAUUAGAAGCCAAGCAAAUUAAGUAGCACCAUAUGCUUCCAGACAUUUUUCUACAGACCAGAAUUAAUGACAAACAUUGACAGCCUUUCAUAAAAUCUCCUAAGAAAGUU